AUGCCGAACGCGGACAGACUGGAUGAAGAGGCGGGUGAGACCUCGUGCCCUUCGCCGAGGCAGACACCAGCGGCCCCCCCGGCAGAGCCCCGGCCGGCCCCUCGCCCCGCGGCACCGAAGAAGGAGAAACCCCUGGAAGAUGAUGAGUCCCAAAAAGUCGUGACGAAGAGCCCUCGUCCUGAGCUCACAGGUGCUCCCGAAGCUGUGACAUGCCAGCCCCAGGUGCGAGCAGCCCCGCAGCCCCCCGGCCCCUGCACCCACCUCCUGCAGAACGGCGCCGGGCGGGCGCCCGAUCCUGGCGGUGCCAACGGGGAGGCGGGGAACGGGGUCUUCCGCCCCCUCCCCAGCACCCAGAAACCCCACCGAAAGCUGCAGUCGCAUCACUCCAUCAACAGCCAGAGCAGCAAGAAGAGCAAGGGGAGCUCCAAGUCGGCCUCUUCCCACAUCCCUAUUGAGGCGCAGGAAGACUGCUGCGUCCACUGCAUCCUCUCCUGCCUCUUCUGCGAGUUCCUGACCCUCUGCAACAUCGUGCUGGACUGUGCCACCUGCGGCUCCUGCACCUCCGAGGACUCCUGCAUCUGCUGCUGCUGCUGCAACUCGGGCGAGUGCGCGGACUGCGACCUGCCCUGCGACAUGGACUGCGGCAUCAUCGAUGCCUGCUGCGAGUCUGCCGACUGCCUGGAGAUCUGCAUGGAGUGCUGCGGGCUCUGCUUCUCCUCCUGAGGGGCCACAUUUGGGGCGGGGUGGGGGGGGACACCAGCAGUGCAUCCCCCCCCACAAGGCUCUCGAUCCGGCCGGUCCCUGAGGUGGGUGUGAAACCCCAAAAGACAGAGCCUGGUGAAGGAGGAGAGCAAUAUCCACACCCCCUCCCCAUUGCAAACUCAUCCUCGGAGCCAGUGAGCCGGGCUUGGAUCCCGCUUAGGGAAGGGUGAAUCCAUAGGGCCGUGGGGGGCUGCGGGGGUGGCCGGCAUCCUGUCACGCUCUACCUCUUCC